AAUAUCGUAUCGCACCUUGUAAGUUUGGUUCUAGUGCUCUAGCGAACAGUAAUGUCCUCCGAGCCAUCUUUGCACGCGCUUGCCAAAGUGCCCAGCGGAGGCAGCUUAGAAGAUGCGCUCGCGGACUCGCUCUCUGGCUUCCAGUUCAUCGAUACCACGUUCUACGCAUACACACGACGCAUGCAGUUCGGCAAAGCUACGAAACCACGGGCUGUGCGGGCAAACAGCGUUAUCCUGAAAGCAUCGAUUUACUUUCGUGGCCCGCACCCCAUCACCCCUUCAGAUGCAUUCUCGGCAGAGCACUUCGGAUCUGCAGACCACUACGAAUGCGAGUCGGACAGCGACCUAGAAGACGAAGACGACGGUGCCGACGCUUUCGGCAGUUUAUUGGCCACCCCUAGCGAGGUUGAAUCCGCCAAGGAGGAUAAGACAGACAAGAAGCCACUUGGCCCACUUGAAACCGAUUCGGCCAGUGGGGCAGUUGCGAUCAACGACGGUACACGAAUCGUGCGGGCGAACUCUGUGGCUGCAGACACGCUGGAAGCUCUCAUCUUUUACAUCUACGCGGGGAACAUAUAUUUCUUGCCGCUACGCUCUUGCGGUACGAAAGUCCGUGGGGAAGCCAAGGCCGAACACCACAUACAGCGUCGAAAUAGGCCUUAUUGUUCUUGCAAAUCUAUUUACCAAUUUGCCGAUGAGAUCGGUCUUGCGGAGUUGAAACAGCAAGCGGAGGUCUGUCUGUUCUCUCGAUUGGACGCCGGUAACAUCUUAGACGAGCUCUUUUCUCGCUUUUCCUCGCGGUACCCACACAUCUUGACUCGCCAGAUCAGAAUCUUGCUCGACAGCUACUGGACUGCAUCUACGCAAGCAGCUCUGUCUCGUAAGUUUCAAAGCGUCGUGUGCGGUGAUGUGCCGCACGCUGCCCCCAUGCUGCUCUCGCUUCUUUCGCGUAUACCCGCCACGCCCAAGCCAGCGGUGCUGGCAGACAUCAAGGACUCAACCUGCCUCCUGCACCUGUGCGAUCUGUCGCAGAUACUGUGCCGCCAUGACCAACAGUCCGCACCCUGCGACCCGUGACGUUUGAAACCUGGUCAGCUCAUAGUUCACUUGUCCUCCGCAGUGUGUGAUCAUGGUUCAGUGACCAAACCGUGACUAGGGUGGCAGGGAGCUAAUUAGGUGAGGCCCGCUGUUGUGAAUUGGAUUGCGCAGGCGGGGGAAUCACGAGUAAUCAACGGUAAAUUACUAGGAUAAUACAUCGUGUUCUUUUAUAGGUUAUCUACUUCCUAGUAUAUUCAGACCAAUACUAUCUACGCUGAGG